AUGUCGCGACGGUCACGAGGCAGCAACACUUGGGAGGUGCGUGCAUCGACGUUGGCUCGCAAUACCCAUAACUUGAUUAGGGACAUCGUCGAGAACCUUCAGGUUGAGCCGAAUCCUAACAAGCCGCUUAUUGCAUUAUCAGUGGGUGAUCCAACAACUUUUGGAAAUCUCAAUCCUCCAGAACAGGUGAUACAAGCAGUCAGAGACAGUGUUGAAUGGCUUAGCAGUCGGAGCUAUGGUCCUGCUAAGGGUCACUUGGAGGCAAGACAAGCAGUAGCACAGUACAGCGCCCACCAAGGGCCUAUUUCGCCAGAUGAUGUAAUUCUAUGCAGCGGAUGCUCACAUGCCAUAGAGCUUGCUAUCACUGUGAUUGCAGACUCUGGUCAAAAUAUACUCGUUCCCCGUCCAGGAUUUAUGAUAUACAAGACAGUGACUGAAGGGUUAGGAAUAAAUGUGAAAUACUACCGUUUAUUGCCUGAACAACAAUGGAAAAUAGAUUUAGAAGACUUAGAGCACCAAAUAGAUGAGGAUACAGCGGCAAUAGUGAUUACCAAUCCUUCAAAUCCUUGUGGAUCAGUGUAUGAUAAAGAGCACCUGUACGAGAUAUUAGACAUUGCAGCCAGAAAUCACGUGCCGAUCGUUGCUGAUGAAAUAUAUGAGCAUUUUGUGUUUUCUAACAAUGAAUUUUUUGCCUUAUCCGCACUUUCAAAAGAUGUACCAAUACUCACUUGUAGCGGUCUCACAAAGAGGUUCUUAGUGCCUGGAUGGCGUGUGGGCUGGGUGAUCAUCCACGACAGACAUAACAUCUUUGGAACCGAAGUUCGUAAAGGCUUAUCGAAUUUGGCUACAAAAAUUCUAGGGCCAAAUACCUUAGUACAGAGAGCUUUGCCUACCAUAUUGUCAUGUACUCCGCAAAGCUUUUUCGAUGAUGUCGUGUUCUUUAUAGAGAAACAAGCGAAGUUAGCUUAUGAAGAGCUAAGAUGUGCUCCUGGAUUACGUCCAAUAAUGCCUCAAGGAGCUAUGUAUAUGAUGGUUGAAAUCAAAAUGUCUUUAUUUCCAACAUUUAAAAAUGAGUUACAAUUUGUGGAGCGUAUGGUCGCCGAGCAAUCAGUAUUCUGCCUUCCAGGACAGUGUUUCGAAUACCCCAACUACAUGCGACUGGUGUUGACCGUACCAGAAGAUAUAAUGCAAGAGGCUUGCAAACGAAUCGUUACUUUUUGUCAACAUCACAUCGUAUCCAGGGAAUGUUUGAAGGAAAUUGACAGCAAUAUUGUACAGGUGGUUGAAUAA